ACACUGCAACACACAACAGUAAAGUGUGUGAAAAAGGCCUAAAGAAGAAGACACACAUCCACACACUCACACACACGCACACACACAGCAUGGAGGUGUGUGAUGUGUCAGGGACAAGGAGGAAGAGGAAGAGGAGAAGAAGGAGUAGAAACACAGGUCCAAGCUGUGUGGAAGACCACCAACACCAAGUGGACCAACAUCAACUACUGAAGCAUCGUGGAGCCUCAAAGAGGAAACGGCCCCUGAUGGAUGGCAAGAACCGACAGUUUCCGUGCCAGAGAACCUCCUGGGUGUUGGCUCAUAAGACUGCCUUGGUGCAUUUGAACGAGUUAAGACCUGGUCUGCACUACGAGGUCACGUCAAAGACCGGACCCCCACACGCUCCUGUGUUUUCUGUGGGCGUGGACGUGAACGGUUUUCACUUUGUGGGCCGGGGAGCGACAAAGAAAGAGGCCAAGAUGAGGGCUGCUGAGAUGGCCCUCAAGUCCUUCAUCCAGUUCCCCGUUUCCUCACACGUUCAUACCAGUCUGGAGGACACCAGGACUGCCAGUGUGGAUUUCACUGAAGACCACCUGGACUAUUGUGACGUUUUCUGCUCAGAAGAUGAAAGCUGCACCUUCAUUACGGAAAAGAACAGCUUCAUCAUGGAAAAGAAGAAGGAGAUCUUCUCUAGCAAGUUCACUCAAGUCCUCAGCACUUCCCUUUUAGAACAACUCAGUCCUCUGGCACUACUCGACAAACUACGACCAGGACUGCAAUAUUUCUGCUUGACAGAGCAGCAUUACAGCCGACCCACCAGGAGCUUCAUGGUGGUGGUCCGGGUGGAGGGGAGGUUCUUUGAAGGGUGCAGUCACAGUAAAAGAUUGGCUAAAGAGCAGGCGGCAGCUGCUGUUUUACGGUAUUUGUACAACGUAAGCGUGGGCCCUGGCAGGACGCUGAUGGACCUUCACAGCGCCACACGGCAGCUGCCUCAGUUCUUUGCAGAGUCCAUUUUCCAGCUGGUGACACUCAAACAUGACCAGCUAAUGCAUGACGGCCUCUCUGCGCACAAAGUCAUGGCUGCCAUUGUCAUGACCACAGGAUUUGACUUGAGAUCAGCUGAGGUGGUUUCCAUGGCAACAGGGACCAAGUGUUUGAACGUCUGCAGUCCCGACUGCGCAGUGAGCGACUGUCAUGCUGAGGUCAUCUGCAGGAGGGCACUGCUGAUAUUCUUCUAUGCUCAGCUGGAGCUGCUCAGUCAUCCUGAGAAGGCCAUCCAAGAAGAGUCCAUCUUUGUCCCGACAACGGGCCACAGCGUCUUCCGAUUACGAGACGGCAUUCGAUUCCACAUGUACGUGACCUCGUCGCCAUGUGGUGACGCUCGACUCAAUUGUCCCUACGAGACCAACGCCUUACAAGACAGCAGGAAGUUGCGCUGCCGCCUGAGGAAGAAGGUUAUUGGGGGCGAGGGCACGCUGCCCGUCAGAGCACAUCGAAAGAGAGGAGCCGUGUCGUCGGGUAAACCUGCGGGCAGCAUGUCCUGCACUGACAAAAUAGCAAAGUGGUGUGUUGUUGGCCUGCAGGGGGCGCUCCUGUCACACCUGUUGGAGCCUGUCUACCUGUACAGCCUGAUAGUGGGGACGCUGAAUCACACGGGUCACCUGGACCGGGUCUUAACGCGUCGCCUGGCCCCCAUCAGGCGUCCUUCCUUCCCCUAUAGACGCCAGCAGCUGCUCCUUGCCUGUGUUAGCAGUAGCGAGCGGCGUGCAGGUGGUGAGGCGUGGCGCGUCAGCGUCAACUGGAGUCUCGGCGAUGGAGACGUGGAGAUGAUCAGUGCGUCCUCAGGGAGACGAAUCCACUGUGGAACACCGUCCAGGCUCAGCAGACGUCGUUUGUUUGCCUGCUGGCAGAGCCUGCACAAGCAGCUGAGAGGUUGGACGUCAGAGGAUGCCAUGAGGACACAUGCUGGCUGGAAGGAGGCAGCUGGACGCUAUCAGGGGGUAAAGCAGCAGUUUAAAAGAGCUCUGCAGGGUGCUGGCUUCGGACUUUGGAUCAGGAAAUGUCCAGAAGAAGAGGGUCAUGUUGACGUCACGGAGGGUUAGCUUAGCUCUCAGGUUUUCUUAGUGGGGUGUCAGAUGGAUGUUGAGACACUCCUCCAUACAAACUGGCUGAAAGUAUUUGUCAAAGAAACCUCAAACUAAUUCCAUCCAUCCAUCAAUUUUCUGUACCGCUUCAUCCUCAUUAGGGUCGCGGGGGCAUGCUGGAGCCUAUCCCAGCUGACUUCGGGCGACAGGCGGGGUACACCCUGGACUGGUUGCCAGCCAAUGGCAGGGCACUUAUAGACAAACAACCAUUCACACUCACAUUCAUACCUAUGGGCAAUUUAGAGUCGCCAAUUAACCUCACCUGCAUGUUUUUGGGAAUGUGGGAGGAAGCCGGAGUGCCUGGAGAAAACCCACACGCACACGGGGAGAACAUGCAAACUCCACUAAUUCUUGUAUUAUAAUGUAAAAUGCUUUUACUCGCUUACUUUAGCUUACUAUAAUAACUAAAAUGCUUGUUUUAAAUGUUCUCAUGUAAAAAAUAUGUUUCCUUGUGUAACGGAUGCCAGCCUGUGAGGCUGCGCAAGUGUACGUUGGUAAACCUCACUCCCUCUGCUUUGAGAGCUGCGCUGAACACGCGGUGGUCAGCGCUCUCGUCUCACAUUCCGAAGGUCUUGUGUUCGAGCCCAACACUGAACCUCAAAUUCAAGCCAUUGAAACAGAAAAAUGCCAACAUCAGACUGGAAUGAAAGAUAUGUAGGAUGAUUAAUUAUCUAUUUAUCAGUGCUCAUGUGAAACUUUAUCAAAAUGUGACCAUGCAAAAUACACAUUUAUGACCCAGAAUUACUAAUUAAAUUAAUUUACCAAUUAAUUAUGUUAAUUUUUUCAAGUUAAUUUAGAUAAAAAGGUGUAUUUGUUUUAAGUGUGCAGGAGUAGGGCAUACAUGGCUUCAGGUCAAAUGUCUCAAGGGGUACGCGAUUGUAAAAAGUUUAGGAACCACUGCAGUAUAGGGUGUCCCUGAAGUCUGAACACAGGCAAAAAUGUAUAUAUUAUACAAUUAUUUAUAUUAUGUUAUGCUAUUA